AUGAGUCACCCUAACCCUCAUAUCGACAAGGUCUCUAUCCUCGGGUCAGAGACCAUCAUCCUCGGUUUCCACAUCUUCGACUAUGUCCUCCGAGACACCCUCUCCAACUUCAAGGCCUCGACUUAUGUCGUCAUCACCGACACCAACCUCGAAAAGCUCUACCUCGACCGCUUCACAAAGACCUUCCAUAAGAUCUCCCAGGAGAUCGCCGCCGCUACCGGUGCCGCCUUACCCCGUCUCCUGACCUAUGUGAUCUCACCCGGUGAAGAGUCCAAGUCGAGAGCGGUCAAGGGCGAGAUCGAGGACUACUUCCUUAGCCAAGGCUGUACCCGCGACACGCUCGUCUUUGCGAUGGGCGGAGGUGUUAUUGGUGAUCUGGUCGGAUUUGUUGCAGCUACAUUCAUGCGCGGUAUCCCCUUUGUCCAGGUGCCGACGACUCUGUUGGCGAUGGUUGAUUCGUCGAUUGGAGGCAAGACAGCAAUUGAUACGCCCGAGGCCAAGAACUCGAUCGGUGCCUUCUGGCAGCCCAAGCGCAUCUUUAUCGAUCUUGCUGUUCUGGAGACUCUUCCCGAGCGCGAGUUUGUCAAUGGUAUGGCCGAGGUUAUCAAGACUGCUGCUAUCUGGAACCAUGACGACUUUGUUCUGCUCGAGAACGGUGCCGAGGCUAUCCGCGACGCCGUGUUGAAGCCUGUCCGUAAUGUCGAGUUCCAAGGCGCCACUUUGGAAACCCGCACGACUGCCCAGCAACUUCUCCUUCAGGUCGUCAUGGCCUCGGUCGCCGUCAAAUCCUACGUCGUCACACACGAUGAGCGCGAGACAGGAAUGCGUGGCCUCCUCAACUUUGGACACUCCAUCGGACACGCCAUCGAGGGUCUCGUCACUCCCAAGCUACUUCACGGAGAGUGCGUCGCCAUCGGCAUGAUCAAGGAGGCCGAGAUCGCCCGCCACUGCGGCUUCCUUUCCCAGGUCGCCGUCGGUCGUCUCACCCGCUGCAUCCAGGCCUACGGCUUGCCCGUCACCAUGGAAGAAAAGUUUGUUAAGAACUACAUUGGCAACCAGUACUGCUCUGUCGACGAGCUCAUGCGUAUCCUCCGUGUCGACAAGAAGAACGUCGGUAGCCAGAAGCGCAUCGUCAUGUUGUCCGCUAUCGGCAAGACUCUGGAACAAAAACCCUCCAACAUCUCUGACGACCUUAUCCGCAAGUGCCUUGCUGCUUCGACAGUUGUCCACCCCCGCCCCGUCAACCUCCCUCCCGUCACUCUUUCACCCCCUGGAUCAAAGUCGAUUUCUAACAGAGCCUUGGUCUUGGCUGCUUUGGGUCAAGGAACUUGCCGUCUGACUGGACUCCUUCAUUCGGACGAUACCCAGGUCAUGUUGACUGCCCUGGCAAAGUUGGGAGCUGCGACAUUCGAGUGGGAGAACAACGGUGAAACCCUCGUCGUUCACGGAAACGGCGGCAAGAUGCACAUCCCUGACUCGGAACUCUACCUGGGCAAUGCAGGAACUGCUGCUCGUUUCUUGACCACCGUCAGUGUUCUCGUCCCUCCUUCGGCUGACCCCGCCCAGAAGACCAUCCUCACCGGCAACGCCAGAAUGAAGCAGAGACCCAUUGCUCCUCUUGUCGACGCCCUUACUGCUAACGGAUCGGUCCUCAAGUACGCUGAGGCUCAGGGAUGCCUGCCCUUGGAGGUCACCCCUUUCAGCCACGGAUUGGCUGGAGGCGAGAUUCAGCUCGCCGCCUCGAUCUCGUCCCAGUAUGUCUCGUCGAUUCUUCUCUGCGCCCCCUAUGCCACCAAGGAGCCCGUCACCUUGGUCUUGACCGGAGGCCAGGUUAUCUCCCAGCCCUACAUCGACAUGACCAUCGCCAUGAUGAAGUCGUUCGGUGUUACCGUCGAAGUCCUUCCCAACAACACCUACCGCAUUCCCCAAGGAUCCUACAUUAACCCUGAAACUUACUUGGUUGAGGCCGAUGCCUCCUCUGCCACCUACCCCUUGGCCAUCGCCGCCAUCACUGGCACCACAUGCACCGUUCCCAACAUCGGAUCUGCCUCGCUUCAGGGAGAUGCAGGAUUUGCUGUCAAUGUUCUUCGUCCCAUGGGAUGCACUGUUGUCCAGACUGAGACCUCUACCACCGUCACUGGUCCACCAAUCGGCACCCUCAAGGCUCUCCCUCACAUCGAUAUGGAGACCAUGACCGACGCUUUCUUGACGGCCUCGGUCUUGGCCGCCGUCACCCAGCCCACCACCCCCGGCGGCAACAAUGUCACCAAGAUCAGCGGAAUCGCCAACCAGCGUGUCAAGGAGUGCAACCGCAUUGCUGCCAUGAUGCACGAGCUUGGCAAGUUUGGCGUGACGACCUCCGAGUUUGACGACGGUAUCAUUGUUCACGGACACGACAUUGCCUCGCUCACACCCCCUAAGGAAGGAGUUCACUGCUACGACGAUCACCGUGUUGCCAUGUCGUUCAGUGUCUUGGCCAAUGUCGUCCCUGGAGGAACCAUCAUCCGUGAGAAGAAGUGUGUCGAGAAGACAUGGCCCAUGUGGUGGGACGACCUCGAGUCCAAACUGGGCGGUCGCACCUCUGAUGUCGAUCUCGGUCCCCCUCAGGAGCAUCACGAUUACGAGGUCAAGUCUGGUUCUUCGGGCAAGAAGACUGCUGGAAGCUGGGCCAACGGUGACGCUACCAUUGUUGUCAUUGGCAUGCGCGGUGCAGGAAAGACGUCUAUGGGUCGUUAUGCUGCCAGGACGUUGAAGCGCCCCUUCGAGGAUGUUGACCAGUACUUUGAGCGGACUUUGUCGACCACGAUCCCCGAGUUCAUCAAGGAGCAUGGCUGGCCAGCUUUCCGUGAACAGGAGGCCAAGGUGUUGGCAGAGUUGUUGGAGAAGCACCCCAAGUCACACAUCAUCUCUUGCGGAGGAGGCAUUGUCGAGACGGCGUCGUCGCGUGAGGCCUUCAAGAAGUACAUUGCGCAGGGAGGAAUCGUUCUGCACUUGGUCCGUAACAUCAACGAGAUCGAGGCCUACCUCAAUAAGGACACAACACGACCCAUGUACGGCGAGUCGAUGCGGGAUGUUUGGGCUCGUCGUGAGGCUUGGUACCGCGAGUGCUGUAACUUCGAGUUCGUGGUGGCAGGCCAGCAGUUGAAGGGCAUCGAGGCCGAGGAUGCCAAGGAGUGGGCUUUGGUCGAGUCCAACCUUGGGAGGUUCUUGCGCGUCAUCACCCAGUCUGGCAGCAGAGGUCAGAAGCGCGUCAGUAGGGCACACGUCGCCGCCAAGCCGACCUUUUUCCUCUCUCUCACCUUCCCCGAUAUCAGCCCAGCCUUGCCACACUUGUCCAAGUUGACAUUGGGAUCAGAUGCCAUUGAGCUCCGCGUGGAUCUUUUGAAGUCUCCCAGCGCCUUGAUCUCGUUCCGCGAUCAUGUCGCCCAGCAGGUAUCAUUGCUCCGUCGCCACUCCGAGCUGCCCAUCCUGUACACUGUUCGCUCGGUCUCGCAAGGUGGUCAAUGGCCUGACAACGACGUUGAGGGUAUGGUCACCCUGUUGAAGGACGGUCUUCAGUGGGGUGUCGAGUACUUGGAUGUCGAGAUUGGUUUGCCUCGCAGCAAGAUUGACGAGGUCCUGGCACAGAAGGGCAACACUUUGAUCGUCGCUUCGUGGCACGACUGCAGGGGCACCGUCGCUUGGUCGUCGGAGGCAAUGGAGGCCCAGUACAAGUUGGCUGCUUCGAUUUCGCCGGAUGUCAUCAAGCUGAUCGGUACCGCCAAAUCGAUGAAGGAUAACUUUGAAUGCUCCGAGUUUGCCGAGCGCCACACCACCAAGGCCGACGAUCUGCCCCUGAUUUCGAUGAACAUGGGUGCCCAAGGCCAGCUCUCCCGGGUAUUGAACAACUACCUCACCCCCGUCACUCACAAGUUGCUCCCCGUCAAGGCCGCCCCUGGCCAGCUCGACGCCCGUGAAAUUCUCCUUGCCCGCAAUGUCAUUGGUCUCUUGCCCGCCAAGCAGUUCUACCUUUUUGGAACCCCCAUCAAGCAGUCGCUCUCGCCCCUGAUGCACAACACAUCGUUCCAGUCCUUGGGUCUCCCUUACAAUUAUGGCCUGCACGAGACGGCGACGGUGGAUGAGUCUGUAGUGGCCAAGAUGCGCGCCCCCGAGUUUGGUGGUGCCAGCGUUACGAUCCCUCAUAAGAUCGAGAUCAUGUCCAAGCUGGAUGAGAUCACGGAGGAGGCCAAGGCUAUUGGUGCUGUCAACACUGUAAUUCCAGUCCUGGGCGAUAACAAGGAGACAAUCCUCGUGGGCGACAACACCGACUGGCUCGGCAUCAAGCACCAGAUCCAGCGUCACCUCAGCACCACUUCAACGGUUCAGCCUGAGCAGAUGAAGGGUUUGGUUAUUGGCGCUGGCGGUACAUCUCGUGCGGCCCUUUAUGCCCUCCACCGUCUGGGUGUUCAGGAGAUCUCGAUCUUCAACAGGACUCUUGUCAAAGCUCAAUCGGUUGCGGAUUCGUUCAAGGACUUGUUCACCGUCAAGGUCAUCGGAUCGAGCGAGCUCCUCAAGUCCUCCGAGUCGUCCUCAGAUUUCGACCUGAUCGUGUCGACUGUCCCCGGAACCAUUGAGAGCGAGGCCAUGUUUGACGAGUCCAUCUUUGGCCAGGUCGGCAAGAAGGGUGUCGCAGUCGAGUUGGCCUACACUCCCCGCUUCACCCGCUUCUUGAAGUUGGCUGGUCAGGCUGGUUGGGCCACUGUCGAAGGUGGAGAGGUUUUGAUUGAGCAGGGCGGAUGGCAGGCACAGAAGUGGGUCGGCCGUCGCUGGGAUUUGGAGAGUGUCCAGGUCCAGAUGGACCUUGUUCAGGCUGGUCGUGUUUAG